UUUGCUGCUCUGUGCACCUCAGUCUUCUCACAGAUAAAUACUUGUUUGCCAGCCUGCAGUUAUGAAUCACACACCUGAGCUGGCUAAAAGUGGCACAAACCCCUGAAAUAGUUCAACAGCUGCAGGUGUGGAAGUAGCUGUACCUCUCAGAAACCUCUGAGUGCUUCACUGCUGAUCCCCAGUAUGCAAAUGGAGCAGAAACUGGGGGAAGAAACCCUAUUUUUAUUACAACCUCUCCUACAACUUUCCACUUUCAAGCUCCUCCCCAGCUCAAGGAAUAACUGGGAAUUUGGAGGUAGCCAGCACAAGCUCACAGAAGCUCUGAUCUGCACCACACCAGGAGUUGUCUGAAACAAUCCUAAAGCCACAGGAGAUUCCUUCAAAAAACCUGUUGAGGACAGAAAUUUUCCUUGGAAGACUGGAAAAGAGCAAACGUGGUACCUCUCUUGAGAAGGUGGAGAGGAAGGAGUUGGAAAAACUAGACCUGUAAUCCUGGCUUUAGUAUUUGAAAGAACUAUUGGAAUCACCCACCAAAGAAUCUGCUUGUAAGGAUGCAGAACUCAAGUCAGUGGGCAGAAAUGACCAACAGCAGCGAGAAUUGCAGUUUUACAGCCAUUGACAGCUUGGCACGGAGCGUGCAGCUGGGGCUCUCCAUCCCCACCUUCAUCCUCGGGCUGGUGCUCAACAGCCUGGCCCUGUCUGUGUUCUGCUGCUUUUGGAGAAAGCAGACCAAGACCUCUGUGUACAUGAUCAGCCUGGUGCUGGCAGACGUCCUGCUGCUCCUCUCGCUGCCACCAAAGCUGUACUACUCUGUCACCAAGGUGCCUGGGCUGCUGUGCUCCUUCAUACAGGCUCCUUACUUCGUCAACACCUACAUCAGCAUCUUCAUCAUCGUCUGCAUCACCGUGGACAGGUACAUCUGCAUAAGGCACCCCUUUGAGGGUCGAGCUAAGCAAUCCCCCAGGUGGGCUGUGGUGAUUUGCUGCUUCAUCUGGGCAGCAGCUUGGAUCUGCAGCAUCCCAAUUUUUGUGUUUCAGAAGAAGGAACCUAUUAAAUGCUUUCACAACAUGUCAGAUCAGACAUGGAACGUCUCCUUCAUUGUUUCUGUGGAAAUAUUUGGGUUUCUCAUCCCGCUUGCUGUGAUGGUUUUCUGCUCUGCUCAAACCAUCUGGAUCCUCCUGAAUCACAAAACUCAUGACAAAAAGAGCGUAGAAGAGAGCGGCUCAUUGCGAGUAAUCGUCAUCAACCUGGUGGUGUUCCUGGUGUGCUUCACACCCGUCCACCUUGGCAUCCUCCUGCAGUGCCUGGUGAGGCAGCACGUGAUCCUGGGCUGCAGGAUGAAGCAGACCAUCAGCCUCUUCCUCCAGGUGUCCAUGACAUUUGCCAACCUGAACUGCUGCCUCGAUGCCAUCUUCUACUAUUUUGCUGCAAAGGAAUUCUGUAAGAAAGCACAGCUGAGGAGGGUGAUGGAGCUGUGUCCCCUCUUUAACCCUUGUGCCAUGCGAUGGCACUGCCAGCAGUGGGAGAAUGCCCCUUGCCAGGACACUGACAGUGUUGUGCCCGACGUGGCAGGGACCAUGCCAUAGGGAGAAGGACAAUGUUUUCCCAGUGACUGCAAACUCAUUCCAUAUUUUUCUUCCUUUUAAAGAUGAAGGAGGAAAAAAGUUAGAUUAAGGAACCAGCAUUAACAGAGUGACAGACUGACACCAAAAGAAGCAUUAGCCUUGACAGUAUCUACCAAAUGUGAAAAGCUUGCCAGAAAACGAGCCCGAUCAUGGGAAUGCCUUUUAAUGUCAGCUUUGGUCAUAGCUGCACCAGUUUUCCCUUACAUACGUGGUCAGAAAGCUGUUGCUAAGAGCAAAACCAUAAAUAACUCUUCAUAACCAUUCUAAUUUAGAAUGUAUCUAAAUAUCCAGCCAGAAGUCUGACUCUGCAGAAGGUCACUGCUGGAGCUCCUCUGCUUUGGACAGCUUGGCCAGCCUGGGACAGCAGGGAAUCCUCCCUCCUGGAAGCAUCAUGGACUGCUCAGGGCUGCUAGGAGGGACAGCAGUUUUUGCUUUUCAUGGGGGCCAUGCUGCCCAGAAUAGAAAUCCAAGGGACAACCUUAGGGUACCAGCCAUUCCUGAGCAACAGCUUUCCUGAUCACCUGUGCUGAGGGAUCAUCGUGGCUUUCUCCUGCAAUUUUAAAUCAGGUUUUGCCCAUGUAAAUCCAAAUAACCCCUUCAAACACGAGAUUUAGAGAAAGGCUGAAUAUGUACAUCAGUGCCUUUCUGUCAAAGAUAUACCAUAACACAUUUAUGAAAUUCUUCUGCCUCUCUUCUCAUUCUUUUUUAGAGCAGGGGAAUUAAGAAAGCAAGCUCUGCAUCACAGAAGAUGAGGGGGUGAUUGAUAAUCUCCUCUCUCCCAGCUAGAAGACUGGACCAGCUCUGUCCAGCUCAUUCCUUAGGGAAGUCCUUCCAGCUUGCACUGUGCACUUCUCCAAAUGUCUCUGGGCUUGCCUGAACUGUUUGGGUCAGCACUUCCGGGUUGUCACCACCCCAUUUCCAUUUGCGAGUUUGGCUCUGACUCUGAUCUAAGGGUUUCUUUGCUGCAAUUUAAGCCAAGCAUUUCUUGAACUCCUAUCUGGGCAUGGUUGGUGCUUGUAGCCAGAAACACUUUCACAAAAAGAAAUAAUUUUCUUUGCCUUUCUAAACAGCUGUGAAAAUAGUCUAAGACUGCUGGUAGUCAAGUUUCUGGGGCAGCCAUUUUAUUUAUUCAAAAUGUGAAAAGAAAUUACCCUCUCUCUGUAGCAAAUUAAAAAGAAAGGGUCCAGUUUUGAAAAUACAGUUUGCUGUCCAUCGAUUUCCAUAGAAAUUAUUGACUGUGCAAGUAGACAGCUGCACAUAUCUUAUAGUAGGCCUAAUAUAUGAACAUUUUAAAACUUGUUAGUACUAAAACUAUGACCACAGCUGAGGUGAAAAAAUAUUUUUACUAUCAUCUUCACUGCUUUCUGUAAAGGAGCAAGAGGAAGAGCUUUCCAGAAGAAUAGAUUUUCUAAACAUUGUUGAGUGCCUCCAUCACUCAGAAACUUACAGAUUUUCAAUAUGGGUCAACCUUUCUUCUUUGCACCUUUCACAUUACUUUGCAUACAAAAUACGUGUGUGAGAAAGAAGUGGUUUUACUAAAUAAACUGUACAUGUGAAGUGUUUGAUGUGAAAAUACAUUUUAAUUUCCUAAUUUGACAGUCGUAUGUAAUUCUCCUCUGCCUGCACUAGCUGCCUAAAAAAUUACUCAGCAGCAGCAACUGUGACCCAUCACACAAGGCUGGGAUUAUUAAAGUCAGGGCUAAUUAAGCUGCAAUAAUGGGCAGUGGUAGGAGACACAGUGAGCCACUGCUCUCAAGGCCCAGUGUGCUCCUGGCUGCAAACCCAGACUACAAAAUCUGGAAGUUAAACUGGACUAUUUUCUUCCCAUUUAUUGCCACCAGUGCCACUUCUUUGUUGGCCUAAAGUGUUUUUGUAUAUAAUUUCAUUGGUCUGAAUUUUGCCUGUCGUAUAAGUAAAUGUGAGCAGCCUCGCUAAUCCUGCUUGAAAUUUGAGAAAUGAAAUGAAAAUGAAAUUAAGAGAAAGAAGGGAGCCCAGCUGUGUUGAUUUCACAGGCUGUUACAGUAGUCCUAUUUUUUAGCACAUAAAAGCACACAUCUUUUGAGCAAGAAGGUGUCACUUUCAAUUCACUGCUUUUCAAGAUGAACUUACAUUCAAAUAAUACA